UCGGAAGCUGCUGACAUUUUUAAUAUUCAUUUGAACAAGAAGCUCAACAAGACUCGGAAACAAAAUGCCUCAUCGAAAGAAGAAAUCAUUUAUUGAAAAGAAGAAAGCUGUGACCUUUCACCUGGUCCAUAGAAGCCAGAGGGACCCUCUGGCUGCAGAUGAGAAAGCUCCACAGCAUGUCCUCCUACCUGCUGCAAAGGUGGAUGCAGAGAAAAGGCUUGAAGAGCAGCGAAACUUUGGUGUUUUCUUCGAUGAUGAUUACGACUACCUGCAGCACCUGAAGGAGGCAUCGGGUCCCUCAGAGCUGGUAGCCACUGGACCCUCCUACCCUGACAGGGGAUCCUGUGAUCUCAGAGACGAAGAGGAGGAGAAGGAGAAAGAGGUGGAAGCUGAAGCUACGCUCCACCUGCCGUCUUCAGUGUUUGCCUCAGAGUUUGAAGAAGAUGUAGGACUUCUGAACAAAGCUGCUCCUGUUUCAGGACCUCGAUUGGACAUGGAUCCUGAUAUUGUUGCAGCUUUAGAUGAAGACUUUGAUUUUGAGGACCCCGACAACAUUCUGGAUGACGACUUCAUCCUCAAAGCAAACUGCACAGACAGAGCUUUGGAUGCAGAAGGAUACCAUGAUGAAGAUGAUGAUGAUGAGUGGGAGGACACAGACGAGGAAGGCGACUUUGACUCAGAGGGAGGGUUUUCAGGCGACGAACGAACAGAACGGGACGGUGAGGAUGGAGAGUUUCUGUUCAUGAACGAGGAGACAAAGAGUCGCUUCACCGAAUACUCGCUGACCUCGUCGGUGAUGAGGAGGAAUGAGCAGCUCACCCUGUUGGAUGACCGCUUUGAGAAGUUUUAUGAACAGUUUGAUGAUGAUGAGAUCGGUGCUUUGGACAACGCUGAGCUGGAGGGGUUCAUCGGACCGGACAGCGGCCGCCUGGAGGAAGUCAUCAGAGACUACUUUAAAGAAAAACAGAAAGACUCUCUGAGGCCUGAGGAUUUGGGUCCCAAAGAACUUCCUGUCGUGAAGGAGGAGGAGGAAGAUGAGGAGGAAGAAGAGAUGGAGACGGUUGUUAUCGAGGCUCCUCAGGAGAAUUGGGACUGUGAAACCAUCAUCAGUACGUACUCCAACCUGUACAACAGACCUAAAAUCAUUGAAGAACCACCUAAGCCAAAGCCCAUCCGCGUGUCCAACAGGACCGGCAUCCCUCUAGAUGUGCUGCCUUCCAAGAGCCUCACAGCCAAACAAGCGGAGCGCAUGACCAGAAUCAAUGACUCGGAUCUGCCGCGUGUUUCGACUCAGCCGCGGAGCAGAGAGGAGAGCAAAGAGGAGAAGAAGGCUAGGAAGCAGGCCAUCAAGGAAGAACGGAAGGAAAGGAGAGUGGAGAAGAAAGCUAACAAGACGGCGUUUAAGGAGGAGAAGGCACGACAGGAGAAGCAAAUGUUGAACUUGAGGACAAACAUCCAGGGCCUGAAGCUUUAAUGGCGGACCGAAAGAGCUCAACAGGUUCUUCAAUCACUCCAGCGAAAUGGGACUCCUCGCAUAAAAAAGGACUGCAUUGACCAAUGGAGAACCGGAUGGUUUCAGGAAGUUCUACUGGAGCUUCAGAGACUUUGGACUAAAUAAACCAGGUUCCACAGGGUGACAAAGGGUCAAAUCUGUCUCAGAAGUGGGAUUCCUGUUGGAAGAUUAAUGAAAUCAUGUCGAACUGAACAACCACUCAGUAUCUUGGAUAUUUUAAUAAAAACGUAUAGAAAUUA